CUCUUAAGUGUAUAUAUGUGCAGUGUUAACCCCCUUUUCUUGUAUUCUAUUCUUCAAUUCCCUAACUACAUUCCUUUCCUCUCUCUAGAAUUCAUCACAUUCUCUCUUGCAUGCUCUUCUUUCUUAUUCAGCUUUUCUGGAUCUGAGAGUUGAACAGGCCAAUAAGGGGGUUUGAUUAUUGGCCUGUUGAUGCAACAAACAACAAUGGCAGUUUCUGGAACAAAAACCAUUUCUCAUGAAACCCUUACACAAGAAUUGUUACAAUCAGAAGCAGCAGAACCAGUGAGCAAGCAGAACUCAAUCCUCUCACUCACACUUGAUGAGAUCCAAUGCAAGAGUGGUAAGAGCUUUGGAUCCAUGAGCAUGGAUGAAUUCUUAGCCAGCAUUUGGAGCUCUGAGGACAACAACAACAACAACAACAACAACACAAAUCAAACCCUUCAUGAUGAACAAGCUUCUCAACACAUCAUGAAAAGUGCUGGAACAAAAACAGAACAACAACAACAAGGUUCAUUCUGUGUCAUCCCAUCUCCAAUUUGCAAGAAAACUGUGGAGGAAGUUUGGUCUGAGAUCCACAAAGACCAAGAACCACAACAAAGGGAUGAAUCUAACAACAUUGGAAUGAAUGAGGCACUUAGAAAGCAACAAACACUUGGGGAAAUGACAUUGGAGGAUUUUCUAAUUAAAGCUGGUGUUGUACAAGAAUCAAAAUUAACAUCAAAAUCAAGAGUUGCUACUACAACAAUAAUGCCUUUAGUAUUUCAGAAUCAUGUUAGCAACAUUGCAAGUAGUAAUAGACCAAUGGAUCCAAGUUAUGCAGUGAGGUCUCCUAUGGGAGUAGGAUUCCCUAGCCAACAAAAUCUUGGGAACCAUGGGACUAAUAACAAUGGACUUGGAACAUAUCCAAUUUUGUUACAGAAUAAUAAUAGCUCCACAAGGCUUCUGGACUCGAGCGUGGGCAGCAGCAGGAAGAGGGUAAUUGAUGGUCCUCCAGAAGUGGUGGUAGAGCGAAGGCAGCGCAGAAUGUUGAAGAAUCGAGAAUCUGCUGCAAGAUCACGGGCGAGAAGACAGGCAUAUACGGUUGAGCUAGAAGCAGAGCUGAAUGUGCUAAAGGAAGAGAAUGAGAAUCUAAAACAAAUUCUGGAUGAAGCAGAGCUCAAGAGGAAACAAGAGAUUUCACAGAGGAAGCACACAACAAAGGCACAAAAGAGGACAGAAAAAUUGAGGGAAAUAAGAAGGACUAUUAGUGCAGCUUGGUGAACAUGUCAACCGGAACCUUUAAAAUUUAAUGAGAAUAAAAUAAGGUGUCUCAGUGUGUGUGCUCUGUAUCUUCUAAGAUAUAUAUCUUAAGAGUCUGCUAAGAUCUUAUUAUCCUCUCUUCUUCACUUCUUGUACAUUUGGAAAUAAAGGCAUAAAAAAUAAUUCUUUGGCUAGUUCUUAACAUUUUAAUUGAGUUUAAGUAGUGUUUAACCCA